GAGCCGCACACUCAUGCACAUGCUGACAGCAUGUGCAUGAGUCUCUAACGCAGGCAGUCGUGCUGUUGGUACGAAGGACUGACAUCUUCGAUUCUGAUUUUGUUUUUGUCAGAUAGACAGAGAAAAACGUCACAUCAUGAGAGACAAAAUCGUAUAUAGCAUCAAAGAAAAGAUGGCAGGCGAUUCGACCACACCAGACGAUUUGCCGCGCUCUUUCAAUCCGGCUUCCGACCCUUUCACAAGGCCGAUGAAGGUGGACUACGACGAAUCCAGCAGUGACGAAAGUGAUAGCGAUGUGAAUAAAGACGUGCUCACAGCUACCCCCGCCGAUGAUGAUUCGAAUGAAAGAUCUUCGUUCUCAAAAGCCGCACUAGAAGACGUCGACGAAAGGGAAGAACCGCCAGAAGCUGUUGAUGCGGCAAAUCGUAUCACCCAAGAGUCAGCUGCAGCUCCUGCUGGCUCUGACGAACGGAAGCGAGCUGGCACAGCACCACUGAUAGUAGAUCCUAGCGGAAAUAAACAAGAACUGGCUCAGUCGAGUAUUCCCACGCCCCAAAGGCAGGUCAGCACGGUCGGGGAACAAAGGCAGGAAGGAGAAAAACUAAAUGCAAGACAUGAUCAAGCAGGGGAGGCCGACGAAUCCGUGGACGGCAAGGAAUGGUAUGUGCGGGGCGACUUUGCGAAGGCCGUGGAAUGCUGGGAGAGGAGCCUCCAGUCUAUCGCCUACGUGCGGAGCAAGGCAGGGUACGCAGGCAACAAGCUGGAGGAGCUUUCCAACUUAGAGCACGCAACUCGGUUGAACCUCGCGCAGUGCUACCUCAAAACGAAGGUGUUUGCCAAGGCGGUCGAGGAGUGCGAUAAGGUUCUCGAGAGUAGGUUUCCAGACUACAGAACGGCAGCAGUCCGGGCUGGAAAGCUGUUCCAGGAAGCCGCGGCCCAGGAACAGAAUCGACGAAGCGGUUCUAAUAUCUGCUCUACUUCGUCCAAGCUGCAAUCAGACGAACGACAACGAAGUUAUGUGGAGCUACCCUCGUCCUGUUUGAAGACAAUCGCUGGUGAAGCGGACCACGACGAGAACAUGGAGAAAGAAAACGGUGACAAAGACAGCGCUGCAUUGGAAGAAAAUACGGGAAGAUCAACAUCAGAUUUUGGGUCCGGUCAUAAUGCAUUCGAUGAACAAGUGGAUCAAGAUCAAGAGAAAAUACACCCGUUUCUCAUCAAAGCGCUGUACCGAAAAGCGCUCGCGUUGAAAGAGAGCGCCGCGAAGGAUGAUUUGCCGCGCGCACUCGAGGUCCUUCACACGUUGCUUCAAUUCGAGCCCGCUAAUAAGGCCGCCCUGGUCCUGCAUCGAGACACGGUGCGACUGAAGAAGGAAGCCGCCCGCGCAGAAAAAUCCGUCUCACAGAAAAUGUUCCAGUCGGAAAUCGUCACCGAUGAAGCCUCAAACCGCAGCUGGCGCGACCACAACGACGUUCUUUCGGGACAAAAUGUGCUGCAAAAGCUGCAGCAGCGUGUCCGUCUGAUACGUUCGUUGACGGAAGAGACAUUUGAGAAACUGUGCAAAAUCUGGGCGCCGCGUUGGGAGAAGCUUGAAAAGAAAUGCGCGUCGAGGCGGCGACAAUAUUAAAGUCCAAUAAUUCAUCACUUUUUCUUGCAAUUGCUUCAGAGGUGGCCGCACGCCCAAAUCCUUCAUCUCGAUUCAGG